AUGCCUGGCUCAAAUCCGCUCAAAAUCGGCAACAAGCUGAAGAGACAGUCACAUCAGCUGAAGUUGAAGAAGGAGAAGGAGAAUGAAAAGCGGGACGAGCGCAUGCGAAGAAAGAGACAUGAAGACAAGAACCCACAUUUACGAGAGCAGCGACUUGCAAAGAAUGUUCCCGCAACGAUUGAUAGCAAGCGUGUGUGGGACGAUGUAGAUUCUGGGGAUGAGGGCGAUGCGCAGCUUGGGAAGAGCUUCAACGUGUUAAACCCCAAGCGGAGGAAAUUGGAAAGUGUCGUAGGCGAUGCGGUAGACGAUGAGGUGGACGUGGUCGUUCCGGCAGACGUGGAGGAUGAUGCGGAAGAAGAGAAUGAUCGUGACAGUAUGCUCGACUCGGACUCGGAGCAGGAGGAAGACGAUGGUGAAGAGUUGGGCAUGGAGGCCGCAUUACGAGACCGAGCCGCUCGCGCACCCAGCCCAGCACCGUCAGCUGUGACUGUUGCUACGGAUCUCACAGCUCGACCGGAGGCUCUCAAAGCUAAAUUCCCCUCAUUAUUCGAAGAUACCGACAAAGAGCCCAAAGUGUUGAUCACCACAUCAAUCAACUCCACCCUAUACCAGGAAGCAGAGCUUCUGACACAGCUUUUCCCUAACAGCACCUACAUCCGACGAACCGCACAUUUUCACAGCUACAAAUACAGCAUACGCGAAAUCGCUAGCUAUGCCUCUGCUCCCGAACGCGGCUACACACAUCUCGUCAUACUGAAUGAAGAUCUCAAAAGACCCAAAGGCAUAGACAUCAUACAUCUCCCGACAGGACCAAUGUUCCACUUCAGCAUUUCGAAUUGGAUACCAGGGAAGAAGAUUCCGGGCCAUGGAAACUCCACCAACCACUACCCGGAACUCAUUCUAAAUGGCUUCCGUACGCAGCUCGGUCUGGUGACUGCACAUCUCUUCAAAUCUCUAUUUCCGCCACAUCCGGAGAUUCAAGGAAGACAGGUUGUCACACUCCACAAUCAGCGUGAUUACAUCUUCAUGCGGCGACAUCGCUAUGUGUUCCGAGAUAAAAGGGGCACCGAGAAGAGCAUACAGGGAACGGACGGCAAGCUGAUGAAGGGCGUGGAAGACAUUCGUGCAGGCCUGCAGGAGUUGGGUCCCAGGUUCACCAUGAAGCUCCGACGAGUAGACAAGGGUAUUCAGCGUGCGAGUGGACAAGAGUGGGAGUGGAAGGCUGGUGACGAGAAGGUACGCACUCGAUUCAGCUUGUAG